ACACUAGGCAGAAAUUACAAUUGAGUUGAAAAAUUUUCGCAGCACUCAUCGUAAUACUUACAGGCGAAGCAAAAAUAAAUCAAAUUUGAAAGUAGGUGUAAAUUUGAUAAAGUUUUCAAAGAAUAUAAAUAUAUAAAGAAGUUCUGUUUGGAAGUUAUAGAAAAGAUAGAUAAAAAUGGGGAGAAAAAAUAAAAAUAAAAAGUCUGAAGCUGGUGGACCGCCCGACCAACAACCUGGCACAUCUCAACCACAGCAAUCUGAACCUAAACAAAAAAAGCCCGAACAACAACCUGGCACAUCGCAAUCAAAGCAAUCUGAACCUCAACAAAAACGUCCCCAGCAGCAACAACAGCAGCAAAGGCAACAACAGCAGCAGUCCCGACCACAGCAACAACAAGGACCACAGCAGCAGUCCCGACCACAGCAACAACAAGGACCACAGCAGCAGCAAAGCCGACCACAGCAACAACAAGGUCCGCAGCAGCAAAGCCGACCACAGCAACAACAAGGACCACAGCAACAUGAACGUUCACAAUACCAACAGCAGCAAACCGGGCCACAAUACCAACAGGGUCCACAGCAGCAAACCGGGCCACAAUACCAACAGGGUCCACAGCAGCAAAGCCGACCACAAUACCAACAAGGCCCACAGCAGCAGCAAACCCGACCAUGGCAACAACAAGGACCACAGCAACAUGAACGUUCACAAUACCAACAGCAGCAAACCGGGCCACAAUACCAACAGGGUCCACAGCAGCAAAGCCGACCACAAUACCAACAAGGCCCACAGCAGCAGCAAACCCGACCAUGGCAACAACAAGGACCACAGCAGCAGCAAACCCGACCACAGCAACAACAAGGUCCACAGCAGCAGCAGACUCGACCACAACACCAAAAGGGUCCACAGCAGCAACAAACCCGACCACAACACCAAAAAGGUCCACAGCAGCAACAAACCCGACCACAACACCAACAAGAUUCGGAGCAGCAGCAGAGCCCACAGCAAACUCCAACACGUCAAUCAAGCGUUUCACAUUCGUCAUCUUCUGCAUCGCUUUCGUCCACUCUUUCUCAAAACAGCAUAUCACCUGGUACUCUAGGUAUCAAGGGGGAAGCUGAAGCCAACUAUUUAACGAUGGACUUAAGUAAAAUGCCCAAUAAGGCUUACCAUUAUGAUGUCACUAUUACUCCAGAUCGUCCUAAAAAAUUUUUCCGAAAUGCCUUUACACAGUUCAUGAAUACUUAUUUGCCAGGUCAUUUCGCUGGAUUCGAUGGAGUAAAGAGUUGUUACAUGUUAGAAAAUUUACCAAAACCAGUUUAUGAAGGCGAUGUAACGAUUACGGAUUCCGCUGCACGACAAAUUCAGUUUAAAAUUGCGAUUAAACCCACAGACAACAUUGAAAUUGAUUUGGGUUCGCUACGAACUUACCGUAAUGAGCGGAUUUACGACAAGCCAAUGCGUGCUCUACAAUGUCUUGAGGUUAUUUUAGCAAAUGGUUGUCAACAAAAGAGCAUACGCGUCGGUCGUUCCUUCUUCACACGACCUAAUCACACAUUAGAUCUGGAUGGAGGUUAUGAGUUAUAUACUGGACUUUACCAGGCAGCCAUUUUAGGCGAUGUGCCUUAUUUAAAUGUUGAUAUUUCAAAUAAGUCAUUUCCAAUGGCCUUAAAUUUAAUUGAUCUGUUGAAUGUGUUGCGCAUUGAUGUAGGCCGCACUUUAGAUCAACGGGGUUUACAAAAUCUUAGUGGUCACCUAAGAGCUCUAAAAGUAAUUUACAGUCCCCCACCUUCUUUUGGUGCUGCACCACGUUCUUAUAAAGUAAACGAAGUUAGCAGAGAAUCGGCAAGUUCUUUGUCUUUUAAAAUUGACACUGGAGAGAAAUUAACGGUUCAGAGUUACUUCGCUAGUCGCGGCUACAAGCUAAGAUAUCCUCAUUUAAAUUGUGUUGUAGCAGGAUCUUCAGUAAGACCAAAUUAUCUACCGAUCGAGCUAUGCAGUAUUGAACCUGGGCAAGCAAUUAGGAAAAAAGAUGGCAAGGUCCAAGUUCAAAAGAUGAUUAAGUUCGCUGCCACAUCGACUGAUGAACGAAAAAGGAAAAUAAUGGAAAAGCUCCAAUAUUUUUUGCAUAACAACGAUGUACUGUUACAAAAGUUUGGAAUUAGUAUCGCUAAUCAAUUCGUAAAGGUACCAACACGAUUAUUAAAACCACCGUCAAUUGAGUAUCGGUUAGGAAAACUCGUGGAUCCGCGUAAUGGUUCCUGGCGUAAUUUAGAAUAUUUGCAAACUGGCGUAACAUCGAAGAAAACUGGACAUAAGUGGGCGGUCAUUUAUACUUCUUCCAGAUUUUUGAGGCAUGGCACUUUGUUAGACUUUUCAAACAUGUUUUUUAAUGGCGCCAAACGAAUGGGCAUAAAUUUGGAUUCCGAAAGGGAGAUACAAGAAACCAGAGACAUUGUUAAAACAUUGGAGGAAUAUAAAAGAAAAGAUUACGACUUGGUUAUAGUAGUGAUUCCCAAUUAUGGUACAUCGUAUGCUGAUAUCAAACAAAAAGCCGAAUUAGUUUGCGGGCUACUCACUCAAUGUAUCAAAGAACAAACUUUAAAUCGACGAGUGGACGAACAAUUAAUUGGCAAUUUGCUAUUAAAAGUAAAUUCAAAACUGAACGGAUCCAAUCAUAAAAUUUCAGCUAAAUCCCAUAUUUUACUCGAUCACCCCAUGUUUAUGGGGGCGGAUGUCACACAUCCAUCACCCGAUCAACGGAACAUACCGAGUGUUGUUGGCGUAGCUGCUUCCCAUGAUUUAAAUGGAGCUUCAUAUAACAUGCAGUAUCGCUUGCAAGAGUCAGCAAAAGAAGAAAUAGAUGAUAUGCAAAGCAUAAGUCGUCACCAUCUAAAAGUAUAUUUCGAAAAGCAUAAUUGUUAUCCGAAUAACAUUAUUUAUUAUCGCGAUGGCGUGUCUGAUGGGCAAUUUAAGAAGGUGAAUCAUUUCGAAGUCAGCGCUAUACGCGCAGUAUGCAAAGAACUCCGGAUUCCAGCUAAAAUAACAUGCAUAAUUGUGGUCAAACGGCAUCAUACUCGUUUCUUCCCUACCAAACCUAGUGGUGAUAAAUGGAACAAUGUCUUACCCGGCACAGUUGUUGAUCAAAAAAUCGUUCACCCGAACGAAACACAGUUCUUUAUGGUAAGCCACCAGUCAAUUCAAGGGACCGCAAAGCCCACACGUUACAACGUUCUUGUGGAUGAUGCCAAAUUUACAAUGGAUGAAUUGCAAAUGAUGACCAAUAAUUUGUGUUAUAUGUUUCCACGUUGUAAUCGUGCAGUUUCUUAUCCAGCACCUGCUUACCUUGCGCAUUUGGUUGCAGCACGUGGCCGUGUUUAUAUUGACGGACCCCCUCUAAGGCGUGCUCUUCGUGAAGAAUAUAAUAAACGACUCAUUAAUCAAUCCUUUAUGCAAAAUACACCAAUGUUUUUUGUAUAAAAAUAUGAUUCCAUAUAUAUAUACAUACUUAUAUCCAUCACCAAGCUGAUUAUCUUAAAUACAAUUUUUUUUUCUAACAUACAUACUAGAGCUUUUGGUAUUCGACUAAUCGGCCAACCGAAUAGGGCAUUAUUCGAAUAAUAAUAUUCGGUUUGCACUAUUCGGAUAGUCGUAAGUUGUGGAUUAUUCGAUUAACCGUUCGUUGUCGACUAUUCGAAUAGUAAGCGUUCAUUCAAAAGAACAAAAAUCAAAUUCGAAUAAUCGAAAUUCCGGUUAUUCGAAUAAUUUCAAGAGCCCUAAUACAUACAUAUAUAAAUGAGUAUCUAAAGGAUUAAAAUAUUAUAUCAAAUGUUGUCCUCGAAGAAUGACAAACAUGUUUAUUAUUCAGCAUUUUUAAAUCAACUUAUACGCAAUUUAAAUAAAAAAUAUUAUACGUAUAUUAUUUGUUUUCUAACCUAAGUACCUGGAAUAAAAUUGACAGUACUUUA